CAUCUCAUGGCCAAGAUCUCCCGUCUCCUUCGUCCUCUAUAAAGGCCAUCUCUCCUCCUCCGUUUCUCUGCACAUCGAAUUCACACACAUCUACAAAAAGAAGGUACACACACUCUCUUCCUCCCACUCUCUCAGACAUUCUUGUUGCAAGAUUCGGACAUACCCGGAUUGUCCCAAGCAGGCUUCUUGGCUCCAAAAUGAAGGCUACAUCGCAGAAAAGAUACGCCCUUUUGCUCGCGGCGAGAGACUCGGACUACGUGAAGGAAGUCUACGGCGGGUACUUCAACGUGUUCGUCGCGGCCUUCGCAGAGGACUGCGAGAAGUGGGACCUGUACAGGGUCGUGGAUGGGGAGUUCCCGGACAUGGACGAGCUCCACAGGUACGACGGGUUCGUCAUCAGCGGGAGCCCUCACGACGCUUAUGGCAAAGACUGCUGGAUCCUCAAGCUCUGCCUCCUUUUGCAGACUCUCGAUGCCAUGGACAAGAAGAUCCUCGGGAUCUGCUUCGGCCACCAGGUGCUUUGCAGAGCAUUGGGUGGCAAAGUUGGGAAAGCACACACUGGGUGGGACAUUGGGCUGAGGAAGGUGAGGAUUGUGAAGGAUUUGUUCCCAUGCGGGUACUUGAAUAAGAUGGACGAUAUACCACCAGCUCUGUCCAUCAUUGAGUGCCAUCAAGAUGAGGUGUGGGAGCUCCCAACUGGUGCUGAAGUCAUUGCGUUCUCCGACAAAACCGGCGUCGAGAUGUUCGCAGUUGGUGAUCACAUUCUCGGUAUUCAGGGCCACCCUGAGUACACCAAAGAUAUUCUCUUCAACCUCAUCGACCGCCUUCUCAACAACGGCUGCAUCGAGAAAGGUUUCGCUGAAAAUGCCAAGUUUGCGUUAGAGAUAGCCGAGCCAGAUCGGAAGUGCUGGGAGAGGAUCUGCAGAAACUUUCUCAAGGGAAGAUAGAAGGAUUGCAUACAGUUCUAUAUUUUAUUUUACAGGUUCAAUUUUUGUUUCCUUCAGAAACGAUACACGAGCCUCUUUCAUGUGGUAAAGGUAUAUAUACGUUUUCCAACGACCGGCUUAUACAUAUCUGCCCGAACAAAUGUUAGCUAUUGACAUAACUUAUUGGUUGUGUCUACAUUUGGAUAAUCAAUCCAGAAAAUAUUUUCCACCGCUAUUUAUUCCUACUUCAAAG